GUAUAUGUAGUUGCUAUGAAUAUUAAAAAGGAAGCAGAGUCAAAACCAAAAAGAGCAGUUAAAAAUACUGAUGAGGACGACGACGACGAGGGUGGUACUACAGAUGAGCUACCGCCAGAUAGUCUAAUAACACUGGUACAACCUGAACUGCCAACACUUAGCCGCCUAUGGUUGGCAGCAUUGAAAGACUAUGCACUUUUGACUUUACCAGCUGAGUUUUCUAGUCAGCUCCCUCCAGAUGGUGGAGCAUUUUAUACUCCUGAGACUAUUGAUACAGCUAGACUUCACUAUCGGAAUUCGUGGGCCCCAGUUCUCCAUGCAGUGGCACUUUGGUUAAACAGUACAGGAUUUACCUGCUCAGAGUCCACAGAAGCAGCUGCAGCAUCUGGUUUACAGAAACGUUCUGCAGCUGUCAGUUUAAACCAAGCAUCAGGAGCAAUGGGAAGUGCUAAAUCAUUGCCAGAAAUUAACAAAGACAGAAUGCAUCUUAUUUUAGGUGUCAGUAUACAGUUUCUUUGCUCCCCUAGACCUGAGGAACCUGUUGAGCAUGUUACAGCAUGCCUGCAGGCCUUGCAUACCUUGUUAGAGUCUCCUUAUGCACGAAUCCAUAUUGCAGAAGAUCAGCUGAUUGGUGUUGAGUUGCUGAGUGUCUUGCACCGCCUCCUACUGACCUGGAACCCAUCAUCCAUUCAGUUGUUGGUUACUGGAGUUGUACAACAGAUAGUAAGAGCUGCUCAGGAUUAUUUGCAGGAAAAAAGAAACACUCUGAAUGAAGAUGACAUGGAAAAAGAGUCCUGUCCUGUAUUAGGAGAAGGAGGUGAUAGUGGUGGCCUCAUCCCUGGAAAAUCGCUUGUGUUUGCGACCAUGGAGCUAUUGAUGUUCAUUUUAGUACGGCAUAUGCCACAUCUGAGUACCAAGAUGUCAGACUCUCCAAGUCACAUAGCCACUAAAACUCGACUGUCAGAAGAAAGUGCUCGUUUGGUGGCAGCCACGGUCUCUAUUCUCUCUGAUUUACCGUCCCUUUGUUCACCUGCCGGAUGUAUGACAGUCCUGCCCACAAUUCUGUUCUUAAUUGCAAGAAUAUUAAAAGACACAGCAAUAAAGUCUGCAGAUAAUCAGGUUCCUCCACCAGUCAGUGCAGCUCUUCAGGGGAUUAAAAGUAUUGUGACACUUUCUAUGGCCAAAAAUGAGGAAACUCAGAAACAAUGGACAGCUCUAAUCCGUAGCACUCUUGCAUGUAUCCUUGAAUAUUCUCAACCAGAAGAUUCUGUGCCUACUCCUGAUGAAGUAAGCAUGCUAACAGCAAUUGCACUCUUCCUGUGGUCUGCUAGUAGUGAAAUAAUAGGAGUCCAGUCAUUACAGAAUGGCUGUGUGAACAGAUUUAAAAAUGCAUUAAAUUCAUGUGACCCAUGGGUCCAAGCCAAAUGUUACCAGCUUCUUCUAUCAGUUUUUCAACAUUCCAACCGUGCCCUUUCAACUCCCUAUAUCCAUUCAUUAGCUCCAAUUGUGGUUGAAAAGCUAAAAGCUGUUGAAAGAAACAAACCAGCCAGUAACACAGAACUUUUAGCUGUUCAAGAAGGAAUUAAAGUUCUUGAAACAUUGGUUGCUCUUGGUGAAGAACAGAACAGAGUCCAGCUACUUGCUCUUUUAGUUCCCACUUUGAUCUCUUACCUGCUGGAUGAAAAUUCUUUUGUCUCAGCAAGUUCAGCUUCCAAAGACCUUCAUGAGUUUGCACUCCAGAAUUUAAUGCAUAUUGGACCUCUAUAUCCACAUGCUUUCAAGACGGUAAUGGGGGCUGCUCCUGAGUUGAAAGUACGUCUAGAAACUGCUGUUCGAGCAAGCCAAGCGAGCAAAGCUAAAGCAGCUGCCAGGCAACCAGCCCCUACCAUACAUUCUGCACCAACAAUUAAGCUAAAAACAAGUUUUUUUUAAUGUGUUCUUCUUUACAUGUUUUAUUUAUAUUCCAUCCUAAUUAGUGACAGUGUAUUAUCCCAGGUUGUGGGUUCUGUUUAUUCGUAUAUCAGUAUCCCAAUGCUUCCAGGUAGGUUAAGUGAAAUAAUGUUUGCACCACUUACUGAUUUUUAAGGAGUGAUUUUUUUAAUCAUGUGACUGUAUUUUCGUUUUUCUCUAAUAAUGGUUCUCUUUUAUUAAUUACUUUUUUGUUGUUUUUAUUUUUUUUGGUGAUAGGGAUUAAACCAAGGGCCUUGCUAAGUGAAUGAGCUAUACCCCUAGGCCCUAAUUAAUUUUUUAAAUAUUGAGCCAUGAUCUUUUAAAUUUAAAUGCUAAAAACAUAAUUGUAUCAUGUAGUUUGGAAGCUUAACGUUACUAUCAGGGAAAAAUAAGUCAAAAUUCAGCAUUUGUCAUGGAAAAAAUUAAUUAAAAACAAAGACUUUAAAUUUUAAAAGUAACCCAAAUAAUAGAAAGUCUCUGUUUCAUGGUGUAUAUAUUAUGAAUAAAGUCACA